AUGAAAAGCACUCUGCAAACCUAUGCCGCCGCCCUCUAUCGGAUGUAUUGUCAGUUCGAGGAGCGAGUUGUGGCCCCCGAAAGUACAGAUCCGCUGACUAGAAUCUCAGUGACCGAAGCGGCUAAGCAAAUCCGGGAAGGGAAAUUGGCAUCGUAUCAACUGGUAAAGGCGUACUUGGAUCGGAUAAAACAUGUCAAUUUGUAUGUGAAUGCGGUGACCGAGACGUUUGAUGUGGAAGCUUUGGAAGAGGCGCAACAAGUUGAUGAGUAUUUGAGAAAGCUGGACAAGGAGUCGGACGAGUAUAGAAAUGUAUGUUGCAUAGGUAAAAUUGAAAAUAUUUCUGUUUUAAAAUACGUUUUACGACCUCGUUGAAGUCUGAUAUGAGCUAUGGUAAAUUUUUUUGACCCUUUUUUUGAUUUCGACAGGUCCGGCCAACCGCCCUAAAAGGCCUCGUUUAGUUGGAUACACGUAUUUUACAAUCUAUUUCUCAUCUUUCAGCUAGCCGAAGCAAAGCCUCUUCUUGGUGUCCCAGUCUCGAUUAAAUGCGCAUUCCAAGUGAGAGGUCAUCGAAAUAUUUCCGGCUUAUGCCAUCGACGGGACCUCCCUCUGGCAACAGAAGACGCUCCUGUUGUUGCGAGGUAAACAUACCAUAUAAAAUGCUCAAUAAACCACUAUAUUUAUAUUCUUCAGGAUCCGAGAAGCCGGUGGAAUUCCUCAUUGUUAUACAAAUGUCCCGGCCGCCUGCUUCUGGAUCGAAUCCACCAAUAAAAUUAACGGGACUUCAGCUUCUCCAUACGACACAAGAACAACUUGUGGAGGAUCUUCAGGCGGAGAAGGUUCAAUUAUAUCUGCGGAGGGAUCCUUAGUUGGUAUUGGAUCGGAUUUUGGAGGGUCUGUAAGACAGCCGGCGAUGUUGAAUGGGAUCUUUGGGCUGAAGCCAGUUAAUACGAUUCCCUUUGAUGGGCAUUGUCCUCAAUGUCCUGAUGAUGAGGACUUGCGAUUGAUUUCUGGGACUGGACCGUUUACAAGAUAUGCGGAAGAUAUGGCGCUGUUUUAUAGCGUAAGUUAAAGGUUCACUGUGGGCUAUGAAUUUUGGAAAAUUGAAGGUAAAUUUCAUCUCCUUGAAAGUUCUGUUUGGAUCAAACAGCAUUCUUAACAUGCACCCUGAUUAAAACAUAGUAAUUCUUACUCGUCCGCUAAAAUACAUAUAUUUGACAGCCAAUCAUUUUUACAGGUCCUUUCCCACAUUCCCAUCCCGGGAAAUUACCUCGAUCUGAAGCUCUCCAAAGUUCUAACGGCUACUCCAACUGGAAACGCUCUUCAAAUCAGCGAUGACAUAAGAAAUGCGCUGUCCACCGUCGCUGGUUUCCUUGCUGACCAUUUUAGUGCCAACGUUGAAGAGUUUGAAUUCGAGCCUUUGGAAAAACUGCUCAAAUGGUAUUUGAAUAUUGGAGCCAACGAAGGGGAUAACUCCAUGAUUCAAAUCGGAUUUCCUGUAAGUGAUAAUACGUAAUUUUUACGAAGCACAAAUCAAGGAGGGUCGUAUUUCAAAACUUCUUUUUUGAAACAAAGAGCUUGUUCUGUUUUUUAAAAAUGCAAUUUUAGAACUCCACCAUGUCGGAUAUGCUCCAAAAUAAGAUAAAAAGUUACCUCGGCCUCAGCAAAGUGAACGCUGGAUCCGCGGAACUUCUCGAUUGGUUCAGUGCUGCCAAUCCUCCGGCCGAAAAGAAGCGACUUCAUCAAGAACUUUUGAAUUACAGGGCAAAGAUCAACAACUUCCUAAAGAAUGAUGCAGUAAUCGUCGUUCCAGCCUAUCCAAAGACCCACUACUUCCAUGGAGAACAACUUAUCACUCAGAAUGAGUUGUAUACCACUUGUAUUUUCAAUGGUCUAGCUUUAUCAGUUGCUACGGCGCCUAUUGGAUUGGAUAAUGGGGGAUAUCCGAUAUCAGUUCAAAUUGUGGCGGCGAGAGGAAAUGAUUAUUUACUGAUCAGACUACAGGAAAUUUUGGAGAAGAAAUUUGGAGGAUGGAGACCAGCUGGAUCCAAAUAG